UUUAUCUCAGUUCCGUUCCAAUAUCAUCACUAGUACAUUGUUGAAGUUUCGUUAGCGACUGAAUAUCUUGCUCUUCGACCAUGGCGGACGAACACCAGAACGACUAUAUGGACGAGGAAGAGGGGUUCAAGACACCACAAGCUUCCGAAAAGAAGAAGAAGAUGAAGAAGAAGAAGAAGACAACAAGCGAAACAGAGAAUCACGACGAAGGCGAGACAAUGGAGAUUAAUGUCAAAGAAAUCUCCGAGAAGCCAGACAGAGUCCCUCCGAUUGUGGCUUAUUUCGCGUCAGGAUACGAUCCUUGUGCGCAAUCCGGCGAGAGAGAAUCUCCGACUGUUACGGUUUACAGGAACAAGCUGGAGUCGAAGAAGAGGCUUCAGGUCGUGGUAAGCCCGCCUGGCAAAAGCGUGGAGUUCGUGGGAUCGAAUUAUACUGGCGAGCAAGCGGCUAGACAGACUUGUGUGUAUAAACUAGGUGUCCUUGAUAAAGAGACUCAAACAUUGAGAAUUCUUCCGAUUGCUCAUAAUAAGAUAUUCAGAUUGGAGCCAAGAGUUAAAACUAAAGAAACAGCCGAUUCAGAAGCUUCGGAAAUCACGGUCCUCCCGGGACGUAGGGAGAGACUAGCCGAGCUUGACCACGAGUUUGGAACCAAAAAAGCUAUUAAUCAGGAGAAGAAGAGGCGUGCCAGAAAUCUAGGAAAUGAUCCUGAUGCUCAGAAGUCCGAUGAGGAUAAACUUGACAAAGUAGAUGUUAACCAAAGUGCUCUUGAAAGCACCGCUUCUAUGGUUGCACGCAACAUUCCUCCUCAUGAUGCCUCUGCGACGAAUCCGAGAGAAGCGUAUCCUAUAGAAAAGAUCAUCGAAAGCGGAGAAUGGGUCUUUCUUCAAGAUAUUUACAAGCUUUUAGGACAGGAACCCAGAGCACCAACCGAUGCUUAUCCCGUAUUCGUCCGCAACAGAUUGUACAGGUUGGAUGAUAUCAAGGACGAUGCUGAGAAGCAGUCGGUUUGUGGUGUCUUAUCGUUCCUUACACAUCUGGUUAAGUUCAAGGACAUGAAUUCAAUGGAUGGUUUCGAUUCAGCUAAAAACCACAAGUUUCCGCCGAUCGUCCGACAGAAAUGCAAGACCUUGUUCAAGGAUUCUGACUCAACCAGGAUACCUGUUGACAAGAUCAACCUUCUGAUAAGCUACGUUCUUGUGCUCACCCUUCACGUGGAUAAGUUCAAGACUGACCCAGAAGACAUAGCCAAGGAUCUUAGGAUGAGCUCAUUCGAUCUGAGGAAGCAUUUUGAGAACCUCGGUUGCAAAUUCUCGCGUGAGAAGUCAACCUUUCUUGCGACCUUACCGGUCCCUCUCAAGUUCCAGCAGAUUACUCGGAGGAGGAAACGAUAGAUCCCGGCUCUAACCCAUGGCGAGUCGGUCGACCGCUCUGGACCCAGUUUUUUUUUUUUAAAUGUUCUAAAAUUUUGAUAAACAAAGCCAUGAUUUAUUAUCCUUUUUUUUGUUUAAACAGCAAACCAUUAAUCUAUUGUAUUAUUUUGUCUAAAUUUAUAUUGCAUUCUGAAA